CUCAAAAUGCCUUCAAACUUAAGCGAAAGGAGAACCCACAAUUUCCUGUCCCACAAUGCUGCUUUUCGUGUUGGUCUUGUCCCUUGUGGCUCAAGCCUGCUCGGCACCGACAACUGCCCAACAACCAAACCAAAAUACAGAUCAACAUGUCAAAAGCAUAUUCAUCCUGGCCGGACAGAGCAACAUGGCAGGUCGAGGUGGUGUGGUUAACGACACCACCACAGGCAUCGUCACCUGGGACGCUGUCGUGCCGCCAAAGUGCCGCCCCAACCCGUCAGUCUUCCGGCUCGACGCAAAUCUCAGGUGGGUUAAAGCACGCGAGCCUCUCCACGCCGACAUCGACGUAGGGAAGACCAAUGGGAUUGGACCCGGUAUGGCUUUUGCCCAUGCGGUUUUGGCCAAUCACUCUAGUACGGUUGGCCGGAUUGGGUUAGUCCCUUGUGCGAUCGGUGGGACUAACAUAACCCAGUGGGCACGAGGCUCUUUUCUGUACAACCAGAUGAUCGGGAGGGCCAAGGUUUCGUUGCAGAAUGGUGGUUCGAUCAGAGCACUUCUGUGGUAUCAGGGCGAGAGCGAUACAGCUCGUAGAGAAGACGCCCGGUCUUACAAAAACAGAUUGGAAACUUUUUUGGGGGAUGUACGUUUGGAUCUGCAAUCUCCUGAUCUCCCAAUAAUCCAGGUGGCUCUAGCAUCUGGGGAAGAAGCAAGUCUGAUAGAGAUAGUGAGAGAAGCCCAGCUGGGAGUCGACUUUCUAAACGUGAGAACCGUCGACGCGAAAGGUCUUCCGUUGGAACCUGAUGGCUUACACCUCACCACCCCUGCCCAGGUUCAACUUGGGAAAAUGUUGGCUGAUGCAUAUCUUCAAUUCCUGCCCAGCGCCAUAAGUCAUGCUCCAGUAACAUAUCCUAAUUAUAUUUUCCAUUUUCUACUUUAUUUGGUAUUGAAAGUUCUCACCACGAGCUAGCUAAUUUGUUACUUCCUUUAUUCAGUGUUCACAAAUCCAAAUGUAUUUAGAGUAA